CCCUGUCCCACCACACACAGCACCCUCUGCACCCUCCUUUAUUACACAUCUGGGAUCCUCUCUAUUCCACUCUCUCUCAUUUACACAAACACCUUCAUAAAAAAAAAAAGAAGUUCAAAAAUCAAAAUAGAAGCUUCACCCUCACUCUGUCUCUCCCUUAAGAGUCUCUCAUGGCUCUCUUAACUUCCCUCCCUGAGCAAGCCACCCCCAAACACCACAAACGUAAGCAGCAGCAGCAACAACAACAACAAAAGCAAAAACAAAAACAAAAGCAAAAACAGAAACAGAAACCACCCUCUUCAUGGGACCAAAUCAAGAACCUCAUCACCUGCAAACAGAUCGAAGGGUCGAGCGUGCAUGACCCUUCCAAAGGGUACUCAAAGCUAGGAUCUUCUUGCAGCUCCAUAUGCAGCUUCAGAGAUGUUGUCCAUGGAAACACACGUGUCGUGCACACCUCUGAUAACUCCUCACCAGAGAGUAGCUCACUGGGUCAAGAAACUGGCUUACUCACUAGAAAACCUGUCACUACUACUCGCUCUACAUCAGUAUCGAGAAAAUCCAACGGCGGAGCAACCUAUACUCCAUCAUCUUCCAGAGGAAUGCAAUUCAGGAAGCUAUCUGGGUGUUAUGAAUGUCACAUGAUCAUUGACCCUAGCAGGUUGCCGAUUGCGAGGAGCUCUGUGUGUGCUUGCUCUCACUGUGGUGAGGUAUUCCCUAAAAUGGAAAGUUUGGAGCUGCAUCAAGCUGUUCGUCAUGCUGUUUCGGAGCUGGGAGCGGAGGAUUCGGGUCGGAACAUAGUGGAAAUAAUAUUCAAAUCGAGCUGGUUGAAGAAGGACAACCCGAUAUGCAAGAUCGAACGGAUCCUAAAAGUGCACAACACCCAACGCACCAUCCAACGGUUCGAGGAGUGCAGGGACACGGUAAAGAGCCGUGCGCUGAGCAGCAGCAAGAAAAACCCGCGUUGCGCAGCCGACGGCAACGAACUCCUGCGGUUCCACUGCACCACCUUAACGUGCGCACUGGGCGCACGUGGGUCGUCCUCGCUGUGCGCCGCCGUGCCCGCCUGCGGAGUGUGCACCAUCAUCCGCCACGGCUUCCAAGGCGCCGACCACGCCAAGCUGAAGGGCGUGAGGACCACCGCCAGCAGCGGCAGGGCCCACGACGCCGUGCUGUGCGGCGGCGACGCCACGCGGAGGGCCAUGCUCGUGUGCCGCGUGAUCGCAGGUAGGGUGAAGCGCGUGGCGGAGGACGCGCCUUCGGAUGAGGAACACGUGUCGGUUGCGUCGUAUGAUUCCGUAGCUGGAUACGCUGGAAUCUACUCGAAUCUCGAGGAGUUGGUUGUUUUCAACCCGAAGGCUAUCCUUCCUUGUUUCGUGGUCAUUUAUAAGGUUCUUUCGUGUUAGGCGUUAGCAAAAUGUUAUAUUAAUUUCGUAAUACUUAUGUAGUAGUAGUACAAUGUUUCAAUUUUCGCACCUCCACCAAAUAAUAACAAUGAAUAAGUUACUAGUUGUUAAUCUGUGGAUUUGAGGUUGCAACUUGAUGACUAGUAAUUUAUUGAUCGUUAUUCGUUAUAUAUAUAUGGGGUGUGAAAUGUGAAAGUGUAAGAAUGAAUAUCUUAUCUGAAUAUUGGUUGUUGGAUCAGUGAUGGAAUUAGAAUGUUGUUAUGUACUUUCUUUC